AUGUCGGAUUCUACUCCUCCAGAAACAGACAACUUGCUGGAUAUCGAUUCAACGGGCACUGAAAAUCAAGAUGUGUCGUCCACGACGCCCCCAUUCGAUGAACCAGCGAAAGAAGAAGAAGAACCUUCUCUAAAUAUUGAAAACGUGUCCGAUGAAAAAGAGGACACGCCAGCUGUCGAAGAUCUUCCAACAGACAGAACAGAAACCGAAGAAAAACCUGACGAAGCGAUCCUUGCUACCAAAGGUUAGCUUGUACAAAGAUUGUAAGCACACUUAAGCUUACGAUAAACGUUUAUAUUUGUGGCUGGUUUAGCUCGUACUUUGUGCAAUAGAAUAUCCCCUAUACUGCCACCUACCUUAUGUCUUUUUGUCUCGCUUGGGUAGACGUUUUGGAAAACUUAUAUUUUAAAGUGCUUUGGCCUCAAUCGAACCAGCAGAAAGUCAUGGGAAGGCUCGAACACUCUCGGGUGUGUGAAAGUCAAAUUAGUUUCCUUCGUGUCAGUCCGCUCAAAAUGAAUUCUUUGUUUAUUUUCCAGAGCUAACAAGCCGCCCUGCUCGGUGGAUGAAGGAACAUGGAGUCGAUCAGAGAAGUACAGUUUAAUAACAAAUUGUGCAGUUUGAAGACAAGUUACUGUACGUUGCGUUUAGAUAACUUGUUUAGUAGCAAGCACGGUACUUCAAUCAUCCUGCACAGUUUUUAACUUGACUAAUAACAUAAACUUUCAAUCGCCGUUAAAUUAUAGCGACAGAAGAAAAAAAUGUUGGAGAAACCAUCAGAAAUAUACAGUGAUUACAGUAGGUACGAAUGGACGGCGAUUGAAAACUGUAUUAUUCCAAAUUAUCGACUGUUUUCUUUGUGGCCGCUGGGCGCUGCCUUCCAAACGGAAAAUGCAAGGAGUUAAUAAAUAUUCGGGCGCACCCAAUUCGUUAGUUGAUUAGCAACAGCAUUCACUCACUAAAUAGCAAACCAGCACCACAAACGAAUGGGCAGUUGAAGUUAAAUCUCAUAAUUAUGACGAUUUUAAAACCUCGUGGCCCAGUGGUGAUAUCAAAUCAAAAAGGGUACUAGUGAAUUCUUGGUUGAGCAAGGCCAUUUUAUAUAUUUGGGUCUGCAACUGAUGUAAUCUUCCCAAUUUAAUCAGAUAUGUCUUUUUUCAUUUACUUUUUUCAUCAGAAAAUGCUCUUCAUUCAUCCAUUUGGUUCACAUGAUUACUUUGUCGAUCAUGUCACACUGAAUUAUUUAUAACUUCGCCGGAAUAUUUAUUGUUUUCAACUCUGUAGUUUCGGGUGGGGCGUUUAAAAUAACCUCAAUCCCUUUUCUUCAUGUCAUUUCACGUAAGCUGACACUUAAUAAACGUCAAAUCAACCAGACAGAUACAAAUUUCAUUAUUAUUUUUUUGACACAAAAUAAUCAAAGCUUGCAAGUUAAAAGAUGCAAGAUUCUUCAAAGUCCUUACACCUGCUGCUGUGUGUACUCUGCAUGUUUUCUUUGCAAUAUUCAGCUUUUUAGUCGUGUUCUUUGGAAGGAUUUUUGUAUUGUGUUCAGCUAGUUAAAAACUAAUGUCAUCCAUGGGUGCCUAUCAUGGGAAACUUUCAUGUUGCAUGAAUCAUACAAAAGAAUAUUUUCUUUAGUUAUGUUAGUAUACAUUGUGUGCAAAUGUUGUGUUCUCUGAUGCAUUUCUCUGUUUACUGUUUAGACAUAGUGACAUUGUUGGGAAAUUUAACAUGUUGCUUUAUAAUGUUUCUUCCUUACUUCUAAAUGUGAAGUGGGUAUUUAAAGGCCUGUUUAAAAUUGCCCUGCAUUUAAGAAAAUUAAAAAACCCUUUGGAUUGAAAGGUUUGUUACAUAUGACUUUCAUAAUUUUUUCCUUUUCGGGGGAGGGGGAGGGGGAAAGGUGCUCUGUUAAAACUGAGGCAACAGCAUUUAAAACUAAUUACACAGUUUUUUAAUGAAAAUCAACACUUUGCUGGAGCUUAGCGUUGAUGUUUUUAAUAUAUCAAAGGAAACCGAAAUGAGUUACGAAACCGACAUUAUCAAUUCUGUUAUGAAAGUGAACUUUAGUCAUCUAUGGCCCUUUUUUUUAAUGGAAUGGGUUCAGAUAUUUCUUAGUCAUUCCAAGUUUUUUGCUUGUGUGAACAGGCCUUAUACCAUUAAAGAUACCUUACUUUAAUUACCACUUUAUUUUAGUUAUUGACUUGAUCUACUGGCGCUGUCUGAAAAAGACUGGGAUUGUGGUGGUAACCGGUCUGGUGCUGCUGUUUUCACUGACCAUGUACACAUUCCUGAGUGUGGUAACAUUCUUCUCCAUGGCAUUGCUGACUGUGUCACUGCUGUAUAGGGUUGGCAUGACUGUCAUGGGUGCAAUACAGAAAACAGGAACUGAUAAUCCAUUUAAGUAAGUGCAUGAAAGGCUCCUGUUUUAAAGGCAUAGUUCCAUACUAAAAAAUACAAACUGCUAAAAUUGUAGGGAUUGGUAGAAGGCCUCUUCGUCUUGUUUGAGAACCAAGCCAUCAUUGCAGGGAAGCAGAGGGAUGUUUGCUCUUAUAAUGUACUGCUAUGUCUUACUGAAUGGGUUCAUUAUUUUAUGGAUUAUAUGCUCUUUCUGGUGGUGCUAUCUUUUAGAUUCCUCACUUACUGAUAAUAUAUUUCCAGGGAUUUGAUAACUUUAACUCUUUUCAUGAUCUUUCAUGUCGCUUCUUGAGCACUUCUUGUGGCCAAUGGGCCUACUUUUUUAUUCCUUGUAUGUGUCUGCAAUUUUUGUUUCAAGAAUUAUUCUUUUCAUUUGUUUUGUUGAUCUAGGGCUAAUGGCACUUGGGGAUACAAUAAUACCUCAACAAUUUUUCUACUGCUGUUGUUGUUGUUGUUACUAUUAGUACUAUCACUAAUAUAAGAACAGUAAAUUAUUAUUGUUAUUAUUGCUAUUACUAUUAAAAAAUCUCAUGAAAUUGAGCCUUGUGAGGUAGUAGAUUGUGAAAAUUUAUCAACUGCCAACCUACUACCAAAUGCAUUAACUAAACAAUGCUUUGUGCUAUAUUUUAGGACAAUUCUUGAGAGAGAUGUUGACAUUCCUAAAGAAAAGGUAACAAAUUAUCUGUUACAAGUACUUGCAAUAAAAGAGAAAUGCAAUAAAAAGAAAAGUAAUUAUUAUUAAUGCGAUGUUUGAACUUUAUUGCUUUUGUUAACUCCUCAUUUGCAGGCUGUGGAAGUUGUGGAAGUUAGCAUUGACCAGAUAAACCAGCUUACCAAGGAGUUAAAGCGGCUUUUCUUAGUGGAGGAUAUUGUUGACUCCAUCAAGGUAAAAUGUGUGAAGUCGAUCAUGUAACCUUUUUAUUUACAGUUGACUCCCACUAACUCGAACCAAAGUCGAUUUCCCCUGGAUUUCCUUUGUACAUUUACUGUAAUUUUACCCUCGGUAACUCGAACCCUCAAUAACUCAAACCUCCUGUUAACUCGAAAUAAUUUUUGUUCCCCUUCAGCUCCUUUCUAUACAAUUUUACUCUCAAUAGUUUGAACCAUGUUAUAAGUGCGUGACAAGUCGGGAAAAACCGUGUGCUGAAGUCCGAAACAUUGAAUUUAUUUCAUAACAACCAAGUAAAUUAUUUGUCUUUACUUUUUUAUCACUCCAGUUCAAAUUCCGUGUCCAUUUCUGUAUACUUUGUUGCUUAAUUUCCUUUCCUUCCCAUCGAUUUGCUUAUUUCCUUACUUCUGGUCGUUUCCUCAAACUCCUGAUAACUGGAACUUUUUUCAAUUUCCCUUGAAGGUUCGAGUUAGUGGGAGUCGACGGCAGUUUAAAUACAUUGCAAUGUAUUGCAGUUUAUUUCGCAAAGCAGCAAGCGCAAAAAUUUCUGCCUUUCAGUGGGAUUCAUACUUGUGACCUCUGGCUGAUAAGUUUCCAUACCAUGCAAUUCUGAAAAUAAGUUUCACUAGCUUGUAUUCAGAGGGGCCUCAUUAUUGAAGGGGAAUGUGCAUGUUACAUAUGGCUGUACUUAAAUGAACAAGCCCUAGGAUUUCACAGUAACGAUCGUUUGCGGUACUGUGUCAUUACCCUGGUCCUUAAAAAAACGGAACUGAAAAAUAGUUUCCCAGUGACAUUUUCAGCCUUAAGGAUCAAUUUACAAAAAUUUACUAUUUUUCCCACACAAUCUUGACUAGUAGAGCAAUUCUUAGUUAUGACUCGGGUUAUAUACAAAACUCAACGUUGAUUAGCAUCUAUCUUGUUUCUGUUGUUUGUCAUCUUGAAUCAUUUCCAAAGUGCAUUGAACAUCACUGGUUUAUGGCUUCCAGGGCCAAGAAAAAAAUUUGACGUCCAAAAGUUGAAAAUAUUUAAGAGGUGGGUUCCCUUGAAUUUUCUCCGAGCCAAAAAAUUGUUACGGAUGGUUUCCCCUGAUCUCUGUGGGGUACGGAAACGCAAAAUUGUUUUCCUUGGGAACUAAGAUCCUAGGGCUUGAAUGAACUUACAUGUACUAGUCAGCACAAGGCUAACCAUGAACAGUGGUGUCUGCAACACCUUUGAGCAUCCCAAAUUACAUAGUACGCUGUAUGAUCCUAUAUAACUACACUGUUACAGUGUAGUUAGUGUAGUUCAUAGUUAUAGAAACCCAACAAGGCAAAACUCAUUUCUGGGCUUGCCUUGUACAACUUUCUUAUUGUUUUCUCUGUGAGGGCGAUUCCAAUUUUUGGGGGCUUAUAUACAUGUAUGUAAGAGACCUUUUAGGGGGUGUUGAACUUUUGGGCAUAUAUUCAGGUGUUGAAAGGCGCCUAUUUACAGAAUUUCACAAUAACUUGUUUUGUUAGAUGAUCAUACCGGUAAUGUAUUGUCAGUGUUGUUUGAGCCCCUUCAAAAUCCUUAUUUUUUUACCAGGCUUGCAUUCAUUGUUUAAAUAAGGUGUCUUAUGCAUUCUUUCAAAACUCACGCUGGAUUCUGAGAGUUUCACUACCGCUUCUUUCUUUCAGUUUGGACUUCUCUUGUGGGUUCUGUCAUAUGUUGGUGCCUGGUUUAAUGCACUUACCCUCAUUAUCAUUGGUGAGUAUUAUUAUGAAGAAACCUUUGCAAAGCAAAUGCCUCUUUUUCAAUUUUGUUCUUGCCACUACCGCUUGUAAGUAGAGUAAAGAGUUUUAACUUCUUGUUUGGUUGUGUGUGGUUCUUUUUUAGAUUUUAUUCUCCUGUUUUCUCUGCCUCGCUUGUAUGAGGAUCAUCAGGUAUGUCCAAUUAAACACUUAAGAGGUUGGGGAAGUUGUAUUUUUGACUACUUCAGACCAUGUAUAGUUAAGCUAGAGGACUGUUUCUUCCAAAUGAUUUUGUUGUGUUAUUCGUGAAUGUUUGUAUGCAUAAUUUAUGAAAGGCAAAAAGCAAAUUCCAUCACAUGGACUGAAUUGAGAUUUUAAACAAAACAAAGAAGGUAAAAAGGUCCAUUGCUCUACGAGCUUUUCAAGUGCUUAUUACACACAUGGUAUCGUUAUGCUUGUAAACCAAUUUCAUACAAUGAUUUGUAUGAAAUUGCCCACCCCAGCCCAGAUCUUGUUUUAUUGUGGUGCCUGUCGGACAAAAUGUGGAGAUCUCAUUCAGGAGAAAGGUUAAGGGAUUGUUAGAUUACUUAAAUAUUUUUUCUUGAUUCACAGGAAAAAGUUGAUGAAUAUAUGUCAAUUGCUCGUACGCAAAUCUCUUCCGUGAUUGAACAGUAAGUCAUUCAGUUGCAGUUAAACCUCUUUUUCUGCAAAUUUUCAGUAAAAUAAUGGUCAGGAGAGCUGCAAAUAACAAGGGGAUCAUUAGACUCAGUCAGACUAAAAUUUGCCCAUCAUAAGACAAGCUCCAAAGUAUUGUUAGACAAAAAAUGUGAAGCUGAAGAUUUGCAUUUGACUAAAACGAAUUAAAAUUAAUUCAGUUUAACUUGUUCUUGAAACUUUUCCAGUUUGUCAGAUUUAAAAGGGUAAUUAUUUUGGUCAGACACAUCCUUUCUAGGAAGAGAAAUUAUUUGCAGCCUUGGGCUAGUCCUGUCUAGGAAGAGAAAGUAUCUGCAGCCUUGGACGAGUCACUCUUUAUGUAGAGUGUAGUGAUCACCUAUUGUCAAGGCUUGUGGAGGUGCAAGGACUGAGAAGUCUGGGUUGGAGACUUGUGGUCACGUUCUUUCCUUAGACAAUUAAUUGUUGCACUUUAUCUCUCUCUUGACAUGUCCCAGGUGUUCAUGUAUAAAGCGGUACUGGCACCAUGUUGUCGGUGGUAACCCUAUGAUGGAAUAGCAUCCCAUCCAGGAGAGAUAGCAAUACUCCUUGGUACUUAAUGCGUUAAAGAAACGAGGGAUGAACACCAACAAUGUGUGUUUCAUGGCUUGUGUUUGCCUUUAACUUUUUUAAGAAUCCCCUACAUUAAUAAUGAUGGUAAUAAUAAUAAUAAUAAUAAUAAUAAUAAUAAUAAUAAUAAUAAUAAAUAGACAAAUAUUAAACAAACGUUAAAACUCACAAGUUCCAUUAAAAAAUGAAGAUACAACUGUCUAAGUCUUAAGUACAAUGUAUUUAGAAUCAAAGAGACAUCUAUUUACAAAGCAUUUCUUAAACCUCUCUGUAUUAACACGUGGGAUCUAGUAAGGAUGCAACCUACCGCAUAGAUCCCUGUUCUUAAGUGGGGGGAGAAGAUCCUGCAGGAGAUGCGAGAAAGUAUCCGUAAUACUUUUCCAGAGCCUCACAUCCCUGUCUUUAAUAACCUGUUGAAUCGAUGUUUCAUGUUGAAUAUACCCAAAUCGAAAGGCCCUUCUCAAUAACCUAUCAAUUUUACUAAGGUAUUUGGUAUAAGCAGCAACACCCCAAACUCUGAUAAAGUAACAGUAUUACCUAGUUGCGGUCCAUUUCCUCAAGAGCAUCCUCUGAUACAGUCUAAACUGUUAGUAUGGUGUGUGACGGGAUAAGUGCAGUUGAAGAACAACCUUGAAUUCUGUGUUCUUGAAUAGUUAACAUUGAAAGAGGACUGUUACUAGACUCCAUAUUUCUCUUGACUUCCUUUUAGGGCUAAAUCCAAGCUACCAGCCAAGUUACAGAAGCAGAAGACGUCAUAAACUUGCAAUCUUCAUGCCAAGGGAUCCUACCCCCACAAAUGCGUUGAUUUUCAAGUUUACCUAUUCAAAACUGUUUGUUUAUAUUCAAGUGGCUUUACUCGACCUUUGGCUGGUGGAAAAACUUGGAGAUCAUUGAUGAAUUAAUAAGGAUUAAUUAUUUGACAAGUUUUUACUCUGGUGCUGUUAAGUCAGUGGUUUUGUUUGUCCGGAAAUGGUUUUAGACUGAUUGCUUGUUGUUACCGGUGACCAAAAUCUGAUAACUUGGUAGUCAGACUAGCUCAUUCACGCUCGUUCAUACCCACCCCUCCUCCCCAUUCCUUCUCUCUUUUAACUGUCUGUUGGUGUAAAUCUUUCAUGGGUCCAUAAGGGAGUGACCACAUAAAAUAAAAAGAGGAGGAAGAAGGAAACUAUUUUGGCUUACACAAGAUUUUCUCACUUUGAAAGUCCUUUGUGAGCUUCGGUUGACGUCUAACAGAAGGCUGCAAUUUUUUUUUUGGACUUCAAUGACAUUCUGAAUUCCAAUCCCAGGAAUGUUUAGGGGUCGGCCGACCAUUUGACUUUUGAGUGGGGGGGCGGGGGGGUAUGGGUGAUUUCAGAAAAAAAUAUCGUGCAGACUGAUUUUAAGGGAAAAAAAUUUUGCAAGGAAAUCCCCGGGGAGAAAAUUCCUUCAGUGAAAAAAUCUCUCAUAGUGUAUAAUGCUGGAAGAAAAAAUCUUCCAUCGUUGUGUGCCGGGGGAAAAACUUCUGUCUCCAGAAGUUUAGGGAAAAAAUUCUUACCCCAACCAUUUCUCUAACACCCCCCCCCCCCCCCCCUCAAAAGUUAAAUGGUCGGUCCCUUGGAGGGUCUAAAUGGCGGUGCUAGAGUCUCAGUUUACCAGCUAGAUAAAAAAUUAUAUGAUCAGUUUAUUUAACAAAACUCUAAGGUAUGUGUUAAUAAAGGCUGUGAAUUCUUAGCUUACAAUGAAAACCUAGACCAGUGUUCUCACUUAAACCCUAUUGAGAGCUUUGUUUUAGCGUAGGGGUACGCCUUGUGACACGUGAUCCGAGCGUAUUUUACAUGUCUUUUUAAAGUCCACAGCCCUCUUAAAUUAGUAAUCUUCCUUGAACUAAAGAGUUACUUGUUUCAUGUAUCCGCUGGGCGAGCACGACUCGGAGCAACCUGCUUGCGAGAGAGUGUUAUGUUUGCAGUUCUGCGUCAAAGAUUUUGCGCCGUUUUGUGUGCAAAAAAGCCAAAUUUGUAAGCUGGUUUUCACAGGACUCCACUAGGGUUCCAGUAGGGAAUGCUUGUAUUUUAUGGUAUUUGCCAAUCAUAACUGAUGUUGGUUCUGAAGAGGUCUCAAAAACCAGACAAUUUGAAAAAUACAAAUGACAAAAUUAUUUACUCCUGCAAAGUAAUACUUAUUUACUCAAAUAUAUAUGGUUUCGUGGGAAAGUAUGAACAAGAACUGCCACAAACGCUUAGGAAAACAAUCCAGUUUGGUUGUUUCCAAAUAGACUUCAUCUAAACGCUCACUACAAAUGGCAUUGAAAGCAUGCCACUCUUUCAUGUGUUGUUUUAAACGGGAAGUGUGACUCUAACUUGUUUACACAACACCCGAGUGUCUGAGGUGUUAUCUGUAAACAAUAGGGUGUUGAACGUUGUGGGGGCUAUCUUGCCUCUAAUAUGCUGCUUCAUUCACCGAUUUUAUGUCGAAGAAAAAUUAAGGGAAGAGAAUUAUCAAAGUUAUAACCCAUGUUUUCUUGGUUGUCAUUUCGUGACGUUGCAAAUUUGGUGCUAGGAUGGGUGGAUAUCGGCAUGCCGAUUCAGGUUUCACGUUAUCCCUUAUGAGAUUGAUUUGAAAUAUUAUUAUUCGGGGCACUAGAAAGCGUUUCAUCCAAACCUGGUUAUAUCCCAUUGACAAUCUGAGCUUCUCUCUGUAGAGUUGAUAGUAUUGACUUGCUGUAAUACAAACAGUCAAGGGCAAAUCCAGGAUUUUGAUUGUAAGGGUCGUCAUCUUGGAUACAAGAAACGAUAUAUAGUUGACGCCCUUAUAAUUAUCCCCUUUCAAUUCUCGACCAUAUAUUCACCCCAUUGUACGUUUGCCUUGGCUGGCUGUAUAAACAGAACAAGUGGGAUUUUACCUGAUGUCUCUCACAUAUUUCGAACAGAGUUUGCACUGUACGUUUUAAACAAUGUUCCUGUUAGUGUUAUCAGACCAGUAGAGUCCAGUAUGUAGAUAUAAAUAUAAGGAUUGCUCUUGAAGUAACUUUAUGCCGAGUACAUACAGCUGUAGUACAUUAGCUGAUGCAGAGGAGUGAUUUCUCUUGCAGGAGGACUCUUGAUUUCUGGCAUUACGCUUGGCACUUGCGUCAUAUUUGGCUUGUAAUUACUUGUACGGCUCAAAUAAAAAUGUAGAAUGUUGGCG